GGCGCAGAAGCGCACACAAGGGCAAAGCUGGCGUGUGCAGCAGCAUUCCCAUCACGGAGCGGCUUGACCUGAGAGGGAGAGAGAGAGACGUCGCAUCUCGCAUCCAGCCUCCCCCAGCAGCAGCAGCAGCGCGCAGAGCGAGCAGCGGCGGUAACACAGCCGUUCUCCGGGUCUCGUCAGCUAUUCGGAAGCACCCUCCCCGCCCGAGAUGUCGGUGGGCAGUGACUUUGGGAACCCUUUAAGGAAAUUCAAACUCGUCUUUCUCGGGGAGCAAAGUGUUGGAAAGACGUCCCUGAUCACUCGCUUCAUGUACGACAGCUUUGACAACACAUACCAGGCCACGAUCGGUAUCGACUUCCUGUCAAAAACGAUGUACCUGGAGGACCGCACGGUGCGUCUCCAGCUGUGGGACACUGCCGGCCAGGAGCGCUUCAGGAGCUUGAUCCCGAGCUACAUCAGAGACUCUACCGUGGCUGUGGUGGUCUACGACAUCACAAACGUUAACUCGUUCCAGCAGACGUCCAAAUGGAUCGAUGACGUCAGAACAGAGAGAGGGAGUGAUGUCAUCAUCAUGCUGGUGGGCAACAAGACGGAUCUGGCGGAUAAGAGGCAAAUCACGAUCGAGGAGGGGGAGCAGCGAGCCAAGGAGCUGAGCGUCAUGUUCAUCGAGACCAGCGCCAAGACGGGCUACAACGUCAAGCAGCUGUUCCGACGUGUGGCCGCUGCUCUCCCUGGGAUGGAGAGUAUGCAGGAGACCAGCAAAGAGGGAAUGAUUGACAUCAAGUUAGACAGACCACCGGAGCAGGCUACUACCGAGGGCGGGUGCUCCUGCUAAUGCUCCCAAGCCAAUCAGAGAACAUCUUUUACCCCAUGUCAUUUUCUUUAGAUUUUUGUUUUACGAUUUUUUUAUGUUUUAAUUUGAAUGUUAUUAAUUUGCACAUCGGAGAAUGGACGCCUUAUCGGAAUAUCGGAUCAAUAGUUUGAACUACUGGGUACUUGAAAAUGUGUCAAAUCUAGUUUGUUGAUGAAAUUGCCAAAAAGUUCAGAAAAUAUCAACAAAAUGUUAACGGGGCAGGAUGUCCUACUAUUAUACGUAUACACCCUUUUGUUAAGUGACAAGUUAGAUACCACUCAUCUUUCUUUUUGUAUUUUUUAUAAAUUCAGGGAACUCUCUGGAAGGUUUAAUUUAUUUUUGGGAUCUCCACCAAUGCAGACAGAGUGUACAGAGACACAGAUCCACGACAACGGGGGUCUGAGGACGGCAUGCAUGAAACAUUGUGUUUUGAGCAUACCUGUGUCCAAUCGUGAUGUUUAAAUAUGUCAUUGCCGAUAUUACAACACCGUUGACUGAAUGCACUCUCUAAAAGAGGAAAAAAACUUUAAAUGUCCUUCUGCUUCUUAACACUGUUGGCCUGGAUUUCUAUACUUGACUUCAAAAAACCUUUUUGGUCCUGUGAGUUUGUGUAAAUGUAUGCUUAUUUUGUACAGGCAACUUUAGUUUGUAUUGGCACUAUAAGUGACUUCUAUUCUCUCUCCACCCGUCAUCCAAUAGGGCCCCGUUACUCUGUGGCGCCUCACAGAGUCACCCCGACCGCACUUGCCCUGAUAUCUGAUAUCGUUGCAGUGUUUGAAUGCGUCUCAAUAGUUGUGUUCGGAUCGGCCACAUAAUUAAACACCCGGAGACACCAGGAGGGGGAACACUGCCCCCUGGUGGACAUUAUGUAAAUAGUGUAUUUUAUGUUUCUUCGAGAGAUACCUUAUGGUUUCAAGCGCACUAUACGUAAACCUUGUGACUUUGGUGUUUAAACAGCUGUUUAGCGAGUCAACGGAGACAUUCCUGUCGAACAAAGAGAAGACAAAAUUUGCACAUGUAGACCUUUCAGGUGAUUGUGAAGUGAGGGAAACACUUAUUUGUAAAUAAGAAACCACAAGAGUAGACAAACCUGUUCAAG